AUGGCUGCUGAACCCGAGGCGCCCACCGAUGUGGCGCCCGCUGUGGCCACCGAUCCCACUGCGCCCGCAACCAAGAAGCAACUGGUCGACCCUUGGAACGUUGCCGGAGAAAUUGGCGAAGAUGGCAAGGCAAAGGCCAUUGAUUACAACAAGUUGGUGGACGAGUUUGGCACAAAGUUGAUUGACCAGCCUCUGCUGGAUCGCUUUGAGAAGGUCACUGGCCACAAGCCGCAUCGUUUCCUGCGCCGGAGGAUCUUUUUCAGUGAAAGAGACCUGAACCUCAUUCUCGACCGCUAUGAAAAGAAAGAACCCUUUUUCCUGUAUACAGGCAGAGGCCCUAGCAGUGACAGCAUGCACGUCGGCCAUCUCCAGAUCUUUGACUUUUGCAAGUGGUUGCAAGAUGUCUUGGAUGUGCCUCUGAUUAUCAUGCUUACAGAUGACGAAAAGUUCUUGUUCUCCGAAAAGAAGACUGUGGAGGAAGUCAUGGGUUACUCGCGACCCAAUGCCAAGGACAUUAUCGCCGCCGGCUUCAACCCGGACAAGACCUUCAUCUUCUCCGAUUAUGAAUACAUGGGUGGUGCUUUCUACCGAAACAUCACACGCUUCUCCAAAUGUGUCACUUACAACACAGCCAAGGCCGUUUUCGGUUUCAACGACAGCUCCAACAUUGGCAAGAUCCACUUUGGUAGCAUUCAGGGUGCUACAGCCUUUGCAUCGUCAUUCCCCCAUAUUUUUGGAACAGACGAAAAGAAGACGUCCAAGAUCCCGUGUCUUAUUCCCUGCGCCAUUGACCAGGACCCAUACUUCCGUGUCACCAGAGAUGUCGCUGCCCGGCUGAAGAUUGCCAAGCCAUCUUUGGUUCAUGCUCGUUUCUUGGAUGCCCUCCAGGGACCUGGCUCCAAGAUGUCAGCCAGUAUUGAUACUUCAGCAAUCUUCAUGAAGGAUACACCCAACCAAAUCAAGAACAAGAUUAACAAGUACGCCUUCUCUGGUGGUCAGGAGACCGUUGAGGAGCACAGACGCCUGGGUGGCAAUCCUGAUGUGGAUGUUGCCUACCAGUGGCUCAACUUUUUCAUGGAAGACGAUGAGGAGCUCAAGAAGCUUGGUGAAGAUUACCGAAAGGGUGAGCUGCUCACCGGAGAGCUCAAAGCAAUUUGCAUCAAGCAUCUCCAAGAGUACGUCGGUUCUUUCCAAGAGAGGAGAGCCCAGGUUACAGACGAGGUGGUGGACAACUUCUUUGCCCAGAAGCCUCUGCAGUGGAGAGGCAGCUCUACCGGCGAGAGGGUAGUUCCCAUUGUGCAAGAUGGUGCUUCGCAGGGCGCAGAGGGUUCGGGAGAUGGAAAGAUGACAAAGAACCAGCUCAAGAAGCUGGAGAAGGAGAAGCAGAUUGCUGCCAAGAAGGCUGCUAAGGCAGCAGAAAAGGAAGCGGCAAAGGCUUCUGCAUGA